AUGAUCCUGUUCACAGACGGCUGUUGUUACAAAGGAGAAAAUGGAAAUGUUGCCUCCUAUGCGGUGGUUGAGCAGCAGCCAUACACCAGAAAGUACACCACGAAAGAACAAGGAAUCAUCCCACAGCCGGCAUCUGCGCAACUAGCAGAAAUAAUCGCACUAACAAAGGCCCUCAAACUGGCUGAAGGAAAAAAGGUAAACAUCUACACAGACUCAGCCUAUGGCUAUGGAGCUGUGCAUGUAGAUGGACCACAAUGGAUAAGGAGGAAUUUUCUGACCACCGCCAACACUCCAGUGAAACACAGGAUGCAAUUAAAAGAAUUGGUGCACUCCAUAUCACUACCAGCAGAAGUGGCAGUGAUGAGGUGUAAAGGACACCAGAAAUUGGAUAACGACAUAGCCGAAGGAAAUGAUGCCGCAGACAAAGCUGCUAAAGAAGCCGGAGGCUACACACCCAGGCAAAUGGUGAUCACAGACUCCUCUCCAUUACCUGUUCUAACGGAAGAAGAUAUCAUCAAGAUACAAGAACAAGCCGGAGCAUAUGAACAGAGUGAAUGGGCAAGAAAAGGAGCUAUACAAAGGAAUGGAUUGUGGAGGUCACAUGAUGGACGACUGGUGGCUCCAGCAAAACUCUGCCACCUACUACUGAAGCAAGCCCAUGGACCAGCCCACGAAAGUAAACAAAGGACACAGAAGAACAUUGAAGCAUGUUGGUGGCACCCUCACAUGACCGCCCUAGUGGACAAUUACAUCACAGACUGCACCACAUGUAAUGAACAUAACCCCAAGCAAGCCUACAGGUGCCCCCUAGGGAAGUUCCCUGUGCCAGAAGCACCAUUCCAGGACAUCACUAUAGAUUUCACGGACAUGGGAGCAGAAAACAGAACAAAAGGAUACAGAUACCUGCUGGUAAUGGUGGACCGAUUUACCAAGUGGGUAGAGGCCAUUCCCUGCAAGAAUGAGUCUGCACAGACUGUGGUAAAGUGGCUGAAGAAUGAACUCAUCCCUAGGUACGGGGUUCCCAAGAGCAUUCGCUCAGACAAUGGCUCACACUUUAGCAACAAAGAACUAGCUGAAGUAGAAAAAGCAUUAGGCAUAACACACAGGUUUGGAGCAGUGUACCACCCUGCAUCACAAGGGUUAGUAGAAAGAGCUAACCAAACGCUAAAACGAAAAAUAGCAAAAAUAUGCUACGGCACUAAGCUCACGUGGGUGGACGCACUCCCUCUAGCGCUUAUGUCAAUGAGGACCUCCCCAGGUUCAAAAACACAUCUAAUACCACAUGAGUUGCUGACGGGCAGGCCAAUGCCUGGACCACCCCGAGAGGGAGGUCAUAUGCCCUCUCUGGAUGUGUGGCAGGUGAGCUGUGAUGAGUACAUGACUGCACUGACUAAUCUUAUUCGAGUUUUGUCUAAACAGGUACAGCUGGCCGGACCCGAAGCAACUCCAGCGGAGACUCCAGCAAUAAAGGUAGGAGAUUGGGUGCGUGUGAAAGUCCACAAAAGAAAGUGGCUGGAUCCCAGGUGGACAGGACCCUAUGAAGUUACUGAAGUAACUUCCCACGCGGUCCAGGUAAAAGGUAAAGCUGGAGCUAAUUGGCACCACCUGACACAUUGUGCACCUGGAUCUCCACCCUCACGCACUUUGGCGGAGGUUAGAACUGAUUUGGCUGAACUAGGUGAGGGUUCAAAGGAGAUAGACUGA